ACCUACGGAAUCACAACCCUUCAUCAUAUUCCAGGCUUUCAAUACCUGACUGCACGAGUAUGAAGCAUCACAGUCCGCCAGAGCAACAAAGUUCUUCUCUUCCUCCCUCUUCAUCCAUACAAGAAACAAAGUACGCGUGAGAGAGGAUUGGCCGCCCGCCCUCUCUGACGGGAGCUCCCACGUUCGGAUCCCUGUCUCAGAUUCCUUCCCAGAAUACCCUUCUCUCUCUCAGAUUUAAAUCUCAUAUCACAGCAAUUCCAACUUUACCGCCGCAUUCUUUUCGUAUUUUCUCAAACCAGCCCCAGAUCCAUCCGUCGAGAUGAUCACAAUCCCAUACAUCACCGCUCUCACAACCCUCUUCAGCUACGGCCUCCUCUUCGCCUUCGGCCAGAUCAGAGAUCUCUUCCGUAAAGUGCUCGAUUGGUCCACCUCCAACAAUCUCCACGGAUACGCGCCGAUCUGUCUUGGCCUCGAGGAUUUCUACACCCGUCGGUUAUAUCUCCGUAUUCAAGAUUGUUUUGGAAGACCGAUUGCAAGUGCACCAGAUGCUUGGAUUGAUGUGGUUGAGCGGUAUUCUAAUGACAAUAACAAGACACUUUUGCGAACUAUGAAUACCAGUAAAUGCCUUAACUUAGGAUCAUAUAACUACCUUGGGUUUGCAGCAGCAGAUGAAUAUUGCACACCCCGUGCAAUUGAAUCAUUGAAGAGAUAUUCACCAAGCACCUGUAGCACUCGUGUCGAUGGAGGCACCACUACAUUGCACACGGAACUGGAGGAAUUGGUUGCAAAAUUUGUUGGGAAGCCGUCUGCUGUAGUUUUCGGUAUGGGCUACGUGACAAACUCUGCCAUCAUUCCAGUCUUGAUUGGAAAGGGAGGCUUGAUAAUUAGUGAUUCUUUGAAUCACAACUCAAUUGUCAAUGGUGCUCGAGGAUCCGGAGCCACAGUUCGCGUUUUCCAGCAUAAUACACCAUCGCACUUGGAGGAAGUGCUGAGGGAACAAAUUGCCGAUGGACAGCCCCGAACACAUAGACCCUGGAAAAAGAUAAUUGUUGUUGUCGAGGGAAUCUAUAGCAUGGAAGGGGAGCUUUGCAAACUUCCUGAGAUCAUAGCAGUCUGCAAGAAAUAUAAGGCAUACACGUAUUUAGAUGAGGCCCACAGCAUUGGAGCAGUUGGCAAGACAGGAAGAGGUGUUUGUGAGCUCCUAGGAGUGGACCCUGCUGAUGUAGAUAUAAUGAUGGGAACUUUUACAAAAUCAUUUGGAUCAUGCGGAGGCUAUAUUGCAGGAUCCAAGGAGCUUAUUCAAUAUCUGAAGUACACAUGUCCAGCUCAUCUGUAUGCGACAUCCAUGUCACCUCCUGCAGUACAGCAGGUUAUAUCUGCUAUAAAAGUUAUUCUUGGAGAGGAUGGUUCCAAUAGAGGGGCUCAAAAACUGGCACGAAUCCGUGAGAACAGCAAUUUUUUCCGAUCAGAACUUCAGAAGAUGGGCUUUGAGGUUCUUGGGGACAACGACUCUCCUGUGAUGCCAAUAAUGCUUUACAAUCCAGCAAAAAUCCCUGCUUUUUCUCGAGGAUGUCUAAGACAGAAUGUCGCAGUUGUGACAGUGGCAUUCCCAGCAACUCCACUGCUAUUGGCCAGGGCGCGAAUCUGCAUUUCCGCAUCUCAUACCAAGGAAGAUUUGAUGAAAGGAUUGGAGGUCAUUAGCAGAGUCGGGGACCUUAUUGGCAUAAAAUAUUUCCCAGUGGAGCCUCAGAAGCAUCAGAUCGAAGGCAGGGAGAAGAUGGAGUAAAAGAUUGUGGGUUGGAGAGAUUAGCUGUGAAGCGCUUUAGAUCAAGCCAGCGGCGAAUCUCCACUGAAUGUUAUUGUACUUUUGCAGACAGGUUAAUCCGAGCGAAACGUAUUCUUUGGCCAACUUGUUAUUUUAUAUACUCUUCUUGCUAUUGUUUUGUGUACAGUUAGUACAGUAAUUAUCACUGAGACUGUUCUCUUGUUUCCAGUCA